CUGCGAAGUACCUAAGACCGUGGCCUGAAUCCUCAGCUGCCAUGGCGAUUGCGUUUUUGCUUUUCUUACAAUGAGCUCCUCGUUGUUUUCCACUAGGUUUGUUCCAUUGUGUGCAAGUUUAUUCAGGUUAUAAGUUGUUUAAUCUAACGAGGAUGAAUGAGCUUCUUCUACUUGCUCUGCUUCUUCUUCUUCUUCUGCCUCGUCUUCUUCAGAAUUGAGGUUGGAGAGAGGGCGGCCAAUUUUUGAGAGUGUGAAGGCGUGGGGAAUGCGUGGGAAUGCGUGCUCUGGCGUGGGGUUGUGUGUAUAGCGUAGAGUGGCCCUGUCUGCUGCGCAUCACUUGGAAGUGAUUUUAUUUCCCGUUUCUUUUCCGUGUAGAAUUGGUCCUUGGUGGUGGUUGUCGAGACAGUCAGCGACGUGCUCAUGUCCAGUGGACAUCGAUGUCUGAAGUAAUACUGCAUCUUCGUUGUCGGUGCACUUUCAUCGAUGAAAUGAAGCAUUGCGGCCCGAUGGUUUAUGUGACAGCCGAAUCUGGAAAGGUGUCAUGAUUCUCUCUCGAAGGACGAAUUGCGCUGAUCAGGUCGAGGAGCAAUGGUUACGUCAGGAGAUCGAAAAUAAGCGGUGACAGUAUGGGUAAUACGUUUGGUUGCUCGGCUUCAGGGGAGCGAUUGGUAACAGCGGCAUCUGAUGGAGAUUGGCAGGCAGCUCAGGCCCUAUUAGACUGUAAUCCGAGUCUCGUAAAAUAUUCUACCUUCGGAAUGCGUAACUCGCCGUUGCAUUUCUCAGCAAUGCAAGGGCACAAUGAGGUCUUGACAUUACUUCUCGAAUGCGGAGUGGAAGUUAACACGCAGAAUUAUUGUGGACAGACUGCGCUAAUGGAGGCUUGUCGCUAUGGGCACUGGGAGGUGGUACAGACUCUGCUACUCUACAGAGCAAAUAUUUUGUUAACCUGGCGCAUGUCGGACUUUGCCCGUUACAUUCUUGGAAGUUAUCCGAACGGAAUUCAAUACGGGUUGGAGAUGAAUAGAGCAGACUAUCUAAAUGGUCGCACUGCUCUACACUUUGCGGCAGUCAGUGGCCAUGCACGAUGCAUACGCUUGGUAUUAGCUGAUUUUGUGCCCACUGUCCCCCAUCUGUGGAGUACGUUACAGCCAGUGAACAGUGAUGAAUCGACUUGUACGAAAUAUUGUGUAGAACAAAGUUCGUUAGCUAGAGUUGUGAAUUGUGCUGCUGAUGGAGGCAUUACAUCACUUCACUUGGCUGCUCUAAAUAGCCACAUUGAGUGUGUACAACUAUUGUUGGAUCUUUCUGCAAACGUUGAUGCAGUAACCAUUCAAGAUGGCACCUCUAUUGACUUGAUAGGAGCAGGUAGUGCCCCGUUGCAUUAUGCUGCUUGUGGAGGCAGUGUACCCUGCUGUCAGGCUCUAAUUGCGAAAGGGGCAAAUCGAAAUGCAACCAAUUGCAACGGAUGGACAGCGUUACAAGUGGCACGGUUGUGGCGUCGGCAUUGGUUGGAGCCUCUGUUGAUCCCAGACUCAUCAGUUUCUAUUGAACCUUUUCCACCGUCGGGCUAUCUGGCACUCCCUCUCUCCAGCAUCGUGAAGAUUGCUAGGGAUUGUGGUUGGCGAAACGUUGAUCUUGUACCUUCUGACGCUGACCCAUGUUCGGUCUGCUUGGAGAGACGAUGCACUGUAGCUGCAGAAGGUUGUGAACAUGAACUUUGUACACGUUGUGCUCUCCACCUGUGUUCAACCAACAUCGUUGCUAGUGCAGCCCUAAAUCCACCAGGAUCUAUUCCCUGUCCUCUUUGCAGACGUGCUAUUGUUUCAUUCGUGAAACUCCCAACUAUCAUGUCCCUGAAGGAUCUUGCUAAAGUGAACUUGGCUUCUCUUGCAAUUUGUACUACAUGCACCUUAGACAUCUCCGAGCCAGAUUAUGCAAGAGCUCUUCUUCACAAAGAUGAAAAGCGGGGUGGUUGUCGAGUUUCCCAGUUUCCACCCACUCAUCGAGAUUGACUUGUCCUAGCCUCUCUCCGCUGAAUUGUCCAGAUUUUGGUUCAAAUGAUUAGAAUUCCCUUUGUACAGCCCUCGUUGCGACAUACUGUCUUGGUGAGUCCCAGCCUUGAUGUGACAUCAGAACUGAUUAUUCUAACACUUUUGAUACUCAUGCCUCGCCUUUGCCUUCCAGAAUGUUAAUGCAGAGAACGGCUUUGGCGGUUGAUGUGCCGUGUGCCUCAAAACCUUAACCGACCCUGUUACAGGUAAACUCUCUCUACCGAAGCAGUUGGCUAAAUGGUCACAGAAGGAUUAGUCUGAGGUAUAGCCUCUUGUUCACUGCAUUGUUGCGUAUUCUCAUUCCUGAGUCCAGAUGAUGUGCGAGAAUUUUCAUUCAGCAUUGUUAUUGCAUGAGUUGAAAGAGAUGAAAGAGUUCCGUGGUAGCAUGACCAGGUUUUAGUCGUGUCAGCUGUUCCAAGUGGGGAUCACUUUUUCACUCCUGCACGUCCUACUCGGAGACUGUUAAAGCUACUCAGGUUCGCUGGCGGAAAUCAUGGGGACCAGAAUAUCUUGCCUCAAAUCUGGAGAUUAGGAUCCUGGUAUGUCUAGUCUUCUUGUGGGCCAUGCAGGCCAAGAUUGCAAAUAAUUGUACCAAACGUUGAACAAUUGACUCUGAAGUCAGGUUCUGAAAUGGUUUUCUCAAUGCUAACAUUGUUGGUAACCGUACUUGAAUGCAUUUUCCAAUUGAACACCACGUGAUGGGUGGACAGAA